UAGUGACACAUAAUGUAUUGUGGCUCAAACUUUGAGAAGGCUGAUAAAAGGAAAAGGACAACAAGGGAUGGAGAACAGAGACGAUGACUCGAUGGAACAUCUGCUGACAGAGCUGAACGUUCUGCUGAAGCUCCUUGAACAUGAGAAUGUGAGCACAGCCACUGCAGAGAAGAUGGGCGUAGUGAAGAACUUGCUCAAACAGCUGCAGCCAACAGUGAAUGGAGGAGACUUUAUCUAUAUGAACACCUCCCUUUAUGGAAACGGCACCAGCUUUGUGGAGUCAUUGUUUGAGAAGUUUGAUUGCGACCUCCAGGAGUUAUCUUCUGAAGAACUCAAAGAUCAUGUGGAGGAGGAAACCCCUAAAAACCCUACCACAAAAUCGCCUGCUCCACAGAAUCCCGCUGACAUCCCACCUCCCCUCCCGACCACGCCCCCUCCUGAGGAUUACUAUGAGGAGGCAGCCCCUCUUGGACCCUCCAUGGUGCCCGAGUACAUUACCCAUCGUAGUAACUCCAGCAUCCCAAAUUCAAUUGAGGAUGCAUAUUAUGAAGACGCCGACAAGAACUACCCCACUACACACAUGAACGGCCCACACAAGAACUCCUACAAUGACUCAGAUGCCCUGAGCAGCUCAUAUGAGUCGUACGAUGAAGAGGAAGAGGGGGGUAAGGGCCAAGAGAAAACACUUCGGUGGUCUUCAGAAGAGACGCCUGCAGGGCCCAUGAAAGACUGCCGUUUGUGUGGCUUCUUGCUGCGGAAGAAACGUUUUGGGCAGUGGGCCAAACAGUUAACCCUCAUCAAAGAGAACCGACUGCAGUGUUUCAAGAACCCCAAGGACCGCACUCCAUACGUGGACUUACCACUGAACCUGUGCAAUGUAAUUUAUGUCCCUAAAGAAGGACGCCGGAAGAAGCACCAACUUUAUUUCUCAAUGCCUGGUGGAGAGGCCUUAGUGCUGGCUGUACAGAGCAAAGAACAGGCAGAGCGCUGGCUCUCGGUCAUUCGGGAAGUGAGUAGUUUGGCCUCCUGCCCUGAGGGACUACAAGGAUCAUCCUCCCCCAUGAUUCUACGCAAGAUAGAGAUUGAGAAGAUGGCAUCAGCAGAUAAGCAAACAUCAGACUCUGUUGUCAAUGGAGACAAUAUCCAGGAAAGCAGUGAACAAGGGAAGGGGAAGAAAGGGGCUUUUUCUGAGCUAACCGGUUCCUUGAGUCGUGUUGCUGGGCGGAAGAUCAACCGCAUAAUCAGUUUCUCCAAGAAGAAGCCUCCUCUUCCUCACAUGGAUGACAACCCACGUUGUGGUUAUCUGAAUGUUCUGGUGAACCACAGCUGGAGAGAGAGAUGGUGUUGUGUGCGGGGUGGAACCCUGUACCUUCAUAAAGACAGAGGAGAUGAACGCACUCACGUUAACGCUCUGCCUCUCCACGGCACAGACGUCCUGCCUGGACUGGGCCCCAAUCACCCGUUCGCCUUCCGGAUAAUGCGGGGAAGCACAGAGGUGGCAGCCCUGGAGGCCAGCUGCUCUGAGGAGAUGGGGCGUUGGUUGGGGGUAUUGUUGGCUGAAGCGGGCUGUAGCACCACUCCAGAGGCCCUGCACUAUGACUAUGUAGAUGUGGACACCAUCAGCAGUAUCCAGACUGCCGCACGCCAUUCAUUCCUCUGGGCCACCUCCUCCAGCAGUGCCUCCACAGACUCCAGGACUUAUGAUGAAGUUCCGUAUGAGAGUGUGGUGUAUCAGGAGGACACGGCAGAGCCAACGUCAGGUACCCAGGUCAGGCGCCGCUUCUCCCUGUCUAGUGCAGACACAGAAAAGACUGACGCUCAGGUCACUGUGAAAAGACACGCCUCCUCUGUGAAUCAAUAUGGUAAAUAUGGAAAGACAAGAGCAGAGGAGGAUGCGCGGAAGUACCUAAGUGAGAAAGAAGAACUGGAGAAAGAGAAAGAGGUGAUCAAAAAUGCCCUACUAUCACUACGGAAAGAAAAGAGAGACGUGAAGGAGGAACUCAAGAAUGCUACAGGUAAGCAGCAGAAGUUGCUGGAGCAGCGUUUGGCCCAGCUGGAGGUGAGGUGCCGUGAGAAAGAAGAGGAACGAGUGGAUCUGGAGCUGAAGCUCACUGAAGUGAAAGAGAACUUGAAGAAGUCACUGGCUGGAGGGGUCAUUGGAGCAUCCACAGACACAAAGCAAACAAACAAGGUCCAGGUCACUAAAACAGAAAGUCCCAGCACUGUGCCUGUGAACUGUGCUUCUGAAAUCUCAAAGCGUCCUCCCGCUAUGUAUGCGUCCUCCAGAGGAAACGUCAUUCAGAAAGCCAAGGAAUGGGAAGCAAAGAGAGGUACUUAAAGGAAACGCUGUUGUGGAGAGAAUCUUGGAGUCUACAGCUUGGCGGAUGUUCAUACUGUGAUGUGACUGAGAAGGGAUAGGAAGGGACUGUGAUGGGUAUCCUUUUCCCUUGUCCUAUCCAAAACCUCAUUGGAGAGAUCUCAUGUGACAUUACAUUACGGACAAUGACAUUUUGGCAGUAAACCAAGCCACCAGAGUCAGUUAUCAGCCUACAGUUUUAAGUUUACAGUCCACCAUUAAACGUAAAGUGAAGAUUGUAUCUUAGUGGUUGCAUAAGUUUGACACAGGUUGUGCCUGUUAUUCUCAGAGGCCAGAAAGAAGGUCUUUCCUUAUACAGUUUUCUGAAGAGUAAAGAUACCAGUGGAGCCCAAUUCCUCUAAUAUGCAAGGUAUCAAGUGUCCGAAGGACAUUUUCCGCAUGUUUACUGGAUAGGGAUAUCACGACAUCCAUUGGAUUUACUACGCCACUUUUACUGUUAGCUGUAAACAUAAAGUACAUUAAAAAAAUGUUAGCUACAAAAGUUUCUCAGGCAACUCAUAUUAACAUCACCAUCUGUCUGUGUUGGAAAGCUAAAUUAUUAAUGUAGCUGGUUUCGUCACAAACUUUCAGAUGAGCAGAUUUGCGAGUUCCGACGUGAAAACAAACGCUUAACCAAUUUUUUUCUCUAAAGACUAACAUGGUUAGAUAGCCUACGCCAUGUCCCUGCACAGUAAAAAAUGAACAGUUAGGCGAACUUCGUCGUGUUUUAAUUGGGAAACAAUCAAGAGAGUUCAAUAGCUUUCGCGCUAAGAUCGGCAUAGGACACCUGCGUUGUUUAGAGAGCUUGACAGCUAGUAUGGCACGGCCUCUGGGUUUGUGAACAUCUGGAACCCCAGUUACAUCUUUGGAACAGAAGUGAGCAAUAACUUAGUGUGGAGAAGGCGAACAGUCAUUCUGUAUCUCUCAGUGGAUAGUGCCAGUGCGCCACGGUAAUUUCGCAAAGAGUUUUUUAUACGGCUUCUGAUAGUGUUCUGUUGUAAAUACAUUGCUAGAAUGCUUUUUAGAGACGAUUGCCAUAGACUGAUUGCUGAAGUCACUCCUGAAAACACUGCAAGAAGUUUGGGGGGAGAUGUGGGAUAAAUUAAGAGUAUGGACAGAGAACAACUGGAAAGUUAAUCUUCGGUAUACAAACCUUUUUUGUUGUUUUUAUUGUGUUAAGAAGUGUUAAGAUAGUGUGGGUCAAGAGAUUGAUGAGCACAUUGUUUCUUCACAAUCCAUUACCGAUCUGGUGUAUCUGCACAGUUCUUUACUGCCCCUUGCGGCUUCUCCCAUCAUAAUAGCACAUAUCCGUCCUAACUAUCCUUUCAUGUGUAUUAAAGAACAUCUGCAACACUGUGGUCUAAUUGUUUCUUCAUUUUAGAGAUUGUACCUUAUGUGACACAU